UGCGCGAGCGAGCGAUGAGCGAGACGCCUCCUUCGUCGGGCCCGUACCGCGGAGACAUCCGCAUGCUCUUUCGUCAGGAGAGCGCGGACGCGCGGCUGAGCUUGGACGUCGAUCACUCGCGCCUGAGCCUCAUGAGCGUUCCGACGCCGUCGGCGCUCAUGACGUCGCGGACCGCCAUCUACGUCAUGGAGGACAGCGACAUGGACGACGACGACUCGGUUGACGACGUCAUUCUGGAGCCGCCACCACCACCACGCAUGCUACGCCAUGGCAGCAGUACACGCCUCCCGCGCGCGCAGUCGCAGUCGACGCUUACCUCGAGCUCGCCAUCGCGCACGGGAAACCUCAUCCACUCGGGCUGGCUCGUCAAGCAAGGCAACAUCUGGAAAAGCUGGAAGAAGCGCUUCUUUGUCCUGCUCAUGAAGAGCAACCCGGUCACGGGUGAGCCAUUCUCGUGCCUCCAGUACUACAAAAGCCACCGCUUUGGGCGACUCAAGGGCGAGAUCGCACUCGACGACGCCAGCACGUCCGUGCGCUUCCUCGACAUCCGCAAGUCCAAGCGUCCGCACUGCUUCGAGCUCGUAAAAGGCUUCAACGUCCUCGUGUGCCAAGCUAAGGACGACGAGGAGUGCAACCGCUGGGUCGUGCAUUUGCAGGACGUCAUUGCAGCCAACCACCCGUCGUCGACACCGAGCCAAAACCACGCGCCGCUGCGCCUCUCGUCCGGCUUGCUUCUCGACGACGAUCCGGACGCCAAGGUGGCCGUCGAGCUGCGCAAAAUUCUCAGCGACCCAAAGAACCCCGAGGCGAGCAAGUGCAUGGCGUUUGUCAAGCACUUUGACGCGCGGUCGUCGCUCGCGUUCAGCGCGCUGCGUGACUUUAUCGCAAGCAUGCGCACAACCGUGAUCCAGAAGUACGCCCACGGCCUCGUGGCGCUCGUGCUCGACCACUUUGAGUCGGAGGCCGACGCGCUCGAGUCGGUGCACCACUGCAUCCACCGCCACGUCGAAGAAGUCGUGUUUCUUCCGCUCCAUGACGGGCUCUACAGUCAUUUGCGCCGGAGUGUCAAGGCCGAGCACGAGGCGGCGCUCAACAAGAAAUUGCGCUGGCUCCAAGGCAAAGACCAAGCAUUCUACGACAUUCCGCAGCACCAGCUCUCGACCACCGAGUGGCGAGAGGCCUCGCGCAUCCUCGGCCAAGUCGCAACGUACUCGCUGCCGUCCGACAAGUACCACGCGGUGGUCGAGUCAGUCGUCGAGAUCCAAGCGUCGUACCAAGACGACCAUCCAGCGCCCGAGUUCAUGUACCAAGCGGCCACGAGCGCCGACGGAAGCGGCUUCAACGCGCUCGUGCCGGGCAUUACCAACCGGCUUGACACGGACGACUUGAUCCCGAUCUUCACCUUUGUGCUCGUCAAUUCCGGGCUUGAGAACCUUCUCUUGCUCAAGCACCUGCUCCACGAGAUGCACAUCGAGAACCGGUUUACGCACGUGCACUCGGCGUCGGCCAUGGCGAUCCUUGGCGCUGCCAUGGACUUUGUCCAGAACGUGACGAUUCCUGCGGUCCUCGAAGACAUUUUCAAGGAGCAAGUCGCCUUUUCGAUGGACGGGGAUUGGCGCAUGGGGCUCGGGUUUGAGCCCGAGUCGACGUACCGCUGCGGCGCCAUGGUCAAGAACAUCACGGCCCACGGCCAAGCGGCGUUUGGCGGCCUCGUCUCGAAAGGCCACGUGCUCGUGUCGCUCAACGGCACCAACGUCGUGCUCUGGCCCUUUAACGACGUGGUCGGGCUCCUCAAUGCGUCGGCGCCGCCUUUUCACUUGGCGUUCAUCUCGAACCCGAACUAUGUCAAGAUCCUCGGCACCAACAAGUCGCUCUGGAACGUCGCGCUCAUGCAGGCGUGCCAGCGCGGCGCGGUCGGUAGCGUCCAAAUGCUCUUGGCCAACGGCGCUGAAGUCAACUACGUCUCGGACGACGACACGACGCCGCUGCACAUCGCCGUGAGCUGCCUCCAUGUCAACGUGGUGUCGUACCUGCUCCAACACGGCGCCAAGACCAAGGUGCUGAGCCCCCACGGGCGCGGCCCGCUGCACCUGCUCGGCGCCCCCUGCGCGCUCAUUGACGGUCCGUCCCAAGAAGUGAGCAUCAAAGUCGCGUCCAUGAGCCCAGACAAAGUCCGGCAGAUCAUCCUCAAGCUCGUGCGUCACGGCGCCGCCAUCGAUGAAGUCGACCACUUUGGCUUUACGCCGCUCAUGCUGCUGGCCCACAAAGGCUGUCUCGAGGGCGUCGACACGCUCGUCGAGGUCGGGAAGCAGCUCAACAUCAACUCGCGCAACUGGCAGCGCGGCUGCUGCGCGCUCGCGUGCGCUGCGCAAGAAGGGCAGACUGAAGUCACGACAGCGCUCCUUGACUAUGGCGCCGAGACGGAGCUGCGCUCGCUCCGUGGCGAGACGCCCUUGCACUUUGCGGCCAGCAUUGCUUGCCUCACGACCUGCGGCGUGCUCUUGUCGGAAGGCAAAGCCGACGUGAACGCGCGCUCGACCGACGGCUGGACGCCACUCAUGAUGGCGGUCGCGCGCGGCCAGCUCGUCACACGCGGGUACGUGCAGAAGGACACGGCCGCCGUCCUCGACACGGUGCGCCUCCUCCUGAGCGAGCGCGCCAACGUUCGCGAUGUCUGCAACAUGUACCGCCAGCCGAUCCACUACGCCGCUAUCUACGGCGGGUCGGACGUCUACCACUUUCUCAAGAGCUACUCGGAAGUUGAUAUUUACGCGCCCGAUAUCACGGGCAAGACGGCCGCCAUGUACUUUGAGAUUGCGAGCCAAGCGGCCGCGACGUUGCCGACCGCGAUCGCACCCGGCCGCCUCGAGCGCGGAAGCCUCCUCCUCUCGUUCCAAGGGUCCCUUCUCGAGCCCAAGCCGACGUUUCUCGGAGGUGCCUCCCCAGACAAGACGGAUCUGAAGCGAGACGAGCUCAGUCGCAGCCCGCCGACCUCGACAGCACUCGUCAUGACUGGCGACGCGGCCUCGGACCUUAUCGUGGAGACGACGGCGGACGGAAAGGAAGAGCUGCAAGCGGGAACUGUCCCCGCGAUCCUCGCGUACCUCGUGCAGUACGACGUGUUUCAUGCGACCGACAUGGAGAGCUUUCUCUGGGCCGGCACGCACUUUACCGACUACAAUGACAUUUUGCGGUUCCUCGAGACCUUUGUGGCUGACGCACCGGAAGCGAACGUGUCGUUUGCGCGCCGCGUCGCACUGUACACGCUCGACAUUUGGGUCAACCACCUGCAGAGCCAGAUGCCGUCGACGUGGCCGCUGUGCCAUGCGAUCUCGAGCGUCAUCAAGGCGCUUUUGCCCGCGAUCGUCCAGAACGACCCGCUCGUGCUGCAGUGGCUCACGUACCGCCAGAUCGCGCCCUUUGUCAAAGCGUGCAACAACGAAGACCCGACGUUUGCCACCACAGCGCCGUGCGACCGCGACUACAGCGCGCUCACGACCUACUUUGAAACGACGACCGCGACGUUGGCCUUCUUGGAUGCGCCGAACGGCGCGCCCAAGGUAUCGACGUCGGACCUCGCCGAAAAGAUGCGGGAGCGACUCGCGAUCGCUGGCGUGCUCCCCGAGACGGGGGCAAACCGCGGAAGCAAGGUGCUGGUCGUCGCACCGUCGUCCAAGCGCCGCUUCUCGGUCCUGGACCGCGUCGCGCGCCUCUGGCAACUCGACAUUGAUCCGGGUCUCGUUGCAUCCCAAAUCACGCUGCUCCAGCACUGGUUUUUCCAGAAAAUUCCGAUUUCGGAGCUUCUCUGUGCCAAGCGCUCGGCGGCGACAACACCGGCUUACGACAAGCUCCGGCUUUUGCACAACCACUGCUCGCUCUGGGUCGUCAACCAGAUUCUGGCGCGUGAAGACGUUGUCGACCGUGCCGCCAUUCUCAGCUAUUACAUCAAGGUCGCGGGCAAGUGCCUCAGUCCUCUGCGCAACUACGACGGCUUCAUGGCCAUCAUGAAUGCGCUCAACGACUCGUCAGUGUUUCGCUUGAAGAAGACGUGGGGCCGCUUGCCGCCGGCCGUGCGCACGCUGUGGCAAGAGCUCAAAAAGUGGACCGAGAAGGGCGCUCGGCCGCUGCACAAGCUCAUCAAAGAGGUUGCUGUGCCGUCCAUUCCGUACCUGGGCUUGAUCAUCCAGCAAUACGUUGUCGCGCAAGAGUACCCAGACCGCGUCCAGAACGACCUCCUCAACUUCAAAAAGAUCCGCCUGACGGCCAACGUGGUGCGGCUCGUCGUACCGUGCCAGAAGACGCCGUACAUCUUUAGCCCCGACAAGCGGCUCUUGGACAACCUCUCGGCGCCGCUGCAGCUCGCCACCAAGGACAUUUGCUUUACGCGGUCUCUGGAAGUCGAGCCCCGGAUUGCAGAUGUCGACAACCAGUGAGCUGUAUUUAUGGAGUAGUAAUUCAACUAGUGUUUUGCGUCGAGACAA